AGCGUAGGGGUGUUUAAGUUUGCAUUUGGCCCGUGAUCCUCGUUACUCUCGUGACUCUCGUAUUGCCAGUCGAAAAAUUACUGAUAUUUCAGCUGAUUCACAGGAUUGAAUCAUUCGGGUCGUGAUUCUGGCGAUUCUCGUGAUUUUCGUAUGGCCCAUGAACUUCUAUUGUCAUAUCAGCUGAUCAUUUCCGGGCUGAUUCACUGGAUGAAGGUAUAAAACAACAGGGCGAACAGGGCAAGAUGGUGGAAGAGCUGACUGAUCGUGAUAACUCUGAAAUGCCUUGUGGCUAUGAUGAGGACUUUGUGAGUCCUAUUGACGAAGAUCUGCAAUGUUCAAUUUGUUAUUUGGCUUUACGAGAACCGGUUCUCACCAGAUGUGGUCACAGAUUCUGCAGGGAAUGUCUCGACCGACACAUUGCGAGGUUUGUUACUCUUCUUUUUUUUUUCGCUUAAAAAAAAAAAAGUAAUAAUAAACCCCCAUUAAAUUGGUGCUCUAUGGAUCGAGAAUUAAUGUUUCCUUCGGGUCAGUGGUUUUGUUAGGGGCAAAUGCAGCUGCUCGAGAUGAAAAUAUUGCGGUUUAUGUUUACCCCCGCGGGGCACUCGUUUGAAGUCUGGGUAGAGCUGUGCCGCCGAGGCCUUCAGCCCUCGACCCUGUUUAAGACAAAAAAUUACAGGGGACGCUACUUUCUAACCCUGAUUUGUUUUGUUUUGCUUUGCAUACAGAAUUAAGCAAUUUUUCGCACUAAAAUCGUGGAAAGAGUUAUUUAGGAAAAAGAAAUAUUGGUAUUGCAAAUGUCGAUCGCUCAUGCUUAUCGCAAGUCUUCACACUCUUUGAAAGGCUUUUAGUCCAAAAAGACGCUCUGUGACCCUUAAUAGUGUAAUUUUAUACCCUGAAGACUAAAAACCUUCAAAUCUAUACCCUGUUUUGCAGCACAUACCCGUAUCGGCCAAAUAAGGUAGUGCCCCCCCCCCCCCCACUGGGGUUUAUUCUCUGUUUUUGUUUUAAAUGUCUCCUUUAACCUUAUCAGUGAUAUAGGAUUGUGAAUAAUCUGAAUUGAUGUCUUAAUACUUGACUUAUUCAUAACCUUAAUUUUCCCUUAAUUUUUUACUUCUUGCUAUCCAAUGACUGGGUUUCAUUGCACAUUUGUUUAUUGCUGCUUUUACUUUUUUUAUUGUUUAUUUACAUUUUUUAUUUAACGUUUGACCACCACCAGUCUUAUCAUGUUGCUUAGCGAAAUUUGUAUGCCCUCAUUGAUUUGGAUCAUGUUUUUUUUUACAGGUAUUACUGUACUUUUCAAGCUGUAGAAAGUGAGAGUUUUUUAACUGUAUUUAUGGUCAACUAGCUCAGAUAAGCAGAUAUCGCUAAGGUAUUCCUAAUUUUGCCCAUGUGAAAAAGAACUGUUGUCUCCCAAUAACUCGAACCCUCACUAACUCAAAACUUGCACUAACUCGAACCAAAUUCAAUUUCCUUCAUACAAUGUAAUUUUACCCUCGGUAACUCAAAUCCUCGAUAACUCAAACCCCCACUAACUCGAAGAAAUUUUUGUUUCCCUUCAGAUUAUUUAUACAAUUUUACCCUCGAUAACUCGAACCCUGUUUUGAGCAUCUGACAAGUUGGAAAAAAAAAACGGUGUACUAGUAUAUAGAAGUAAAAGUACCAAAUUUAAUUCAAAACAACUGUGUCAAUUCUUUGUCAUUACUUUUUUUGUUCUCGGCCCGUUCAAAUUCAGCCUCCAUCCCUGUGAAGUGUGCAUGAUACUUGCAUUCCCUCCUCAUCUAUUUGCUUAUUUGCCUACUUCUGGUUAUUUGCUUCGAACUCCUGAUUAACUCAAACUUUGUUCGAUUUCCCUAGAAGCUAAGGUUUGAGUUAUCGGGAGUCACCUGUAUUUUCACAGGAAUGAUCACUUCUUGGCUCAAAUUAGCAUUAUUUCAGGAUCAAUACUUUCCUAGAAAAUCUUCAAUUUUUUUUGUGUUUUUAAGUGUCAAGGGUACAUCAUGUAGAUUAAAAAUUUUUAUCAACAGGCAGAAAAGUCAACAGCAAGUUGUCAACUGUCCUGUUGAUCGAGAGGGGCUUACACACUGUAAGGUAAAAUAUCACAUUGUAGAAACUAGUUAUGAACCGAUUGCUAUAUACAUAAUGAGAUAUAGCUACUUAAAACCUAUUUCUGAAACUCUCAUGAUGCAAAUGAGUUCUGGCCACUCAGAAAAGAGAACUAUGUGUUUUACACAUAAGAAGAGUUGUAGGUGCAAUCAGAGUAAUUAUUGUCAACAAUGUUUUUUAACAAGUGAGAAUUAAAAUAGUACACCCAAUGAAAACGCACAGAGGUGUGUGUGUGUUUUGCGCCAAGUGCCGUGCUUUGCCAGUUGCUUCAGCUAUCAUUGAAUGAGAAUAUAUAUUUACACCACAAAAUGCCAUAAAUGCUACCCUCUACUAUUAAUGUCAUUUUCCAGAUAUCAUAUAUGUCUUCCAAAUUUGGUCAUCCCUUGUUAUAUACACAUAAACCAGUUAGUCUCAAGCAAGAAUUAGAGAUGCCAGGACAAGUUGGGUCAUUUCAUAUCUCCCUAUUUGAAGGUCCGAGCCAAUCAGAAAUGUUUUGAAUAUAUACAGUAAUAAUACUUCUUGGAUAUGAUGUGUAUGUUAAUUACAGGUCAAAAUUAAGUUCAAACCUAAGUUCUCAAUCUCCUUUGUUUCCAGCUAGCCCUAAUUAUUCAUGACUUAGGGCCAGGACACAAAGGAAAUUCAGAAUCAACCUAGGUUACAAAAUUUCUACCUGAAUUUAAUUUUAACCUGUAACAUGUAGAUUCUGAUUGUGCAGACGAUCGUUAUCUUAAUGUGAGGAAAAUAAUUUAUGACAAAAAUAAUUCAGGAAAUUAUAUUUAAAAUGCAAAAAAUGAUCAGAUGAUAUAAAUCUGAAUAAUUUUUUGUAGGAUAUCUUCCCUGAUAAAGCAACUGGGAGGAAGAUUCUGUCCUUAUUCAUAAGAUGUCCAAAUACUGGAUGUGAUUGGACUGGUGAACUGAGAGAGAAAAAGGUGAGAAUCUCCAUUUAUACAUUGUGAAUUUAUUAGCCAUAGCCAGCUUUCACAUUAAAAUGAGCUAAGCAACCAGGCUACUUUGAAUUUUUGUUAAGUCGUGGGAGGGGGGCGGGGGAGGAGGAGGUGUACUCAAGAAAGUUUUAUAUGCAUAGCCUCUGUCCCGAUGCCCAACCCUUUACCCUUUUACAUACCAGUUUUGACAGAAAAGGUUCCCCUUUCGUAGAGGGUUAAAGUCCAAUACUCCGACAAAUUUAUGCAUGGCAUUGUAUUAUAUUGUAUUCACAAUACAAUAUUGUACAAAGGCAUAACAAUAAGGAACAAAGCAAAACAAAGAGAAAGUUAACAAUGCCAUGCAUAUAUUUGUUGGGGUAUUGGACAGUAUGCUAACAAAUGUUAACCGUUUCACAUACCUAGUUUAGAACUUUGCGUCCCUUUUAACUGCUGUAAAAGCAAUAUCUUUAAAAUAGGAAUAAAUCACAAAACCAGAACAUUUUCUAGACUUUUUCACAGCCAUAAAAUGCAUCAUAUAUGCAUGCAUCUGUUUCCCUAGCUACCCUUUCAUAUUCUUGAAGCCAGUGAAAGGUACCCCUUUUGGGCAGAGCCACCCCUUAUAGGCCAUCAUAGAGGGUGUUUCCCCUCCCCCAGGAUGUUGAGUGAACAAAUGAAGAGUAAAAUUUUGAAUUUGAAUAAUUUAGAUUGACUAUACUGUGGCAGGAUUAGCCUGCGUAGCAGGCAUUGAAAUGGGUAGGGGAUAGGGGGGAAGGGAAAAAGGGAGGAGGAUUGGGGAGACAGGGUAAGGGAGGCUCCCUUCCCUUUCCUCCACUUUCACUUUUUUCUCUUUCCCCCUCCCCCUCCCCUUUUUGCACCUGCCACACAGGCUAUGGCAGGACCGGUGUACUAGUCUUCCAUGAUCACUAAAAAAUUUGAACUAGCUGGGUACAUAAAAGAGUAGGUGAAUGAGGCUUGUUUGUUCAACCUCGUUCCCAGGGUUCUCUCUCUUGCUUCGAGAAAGAACCCUGGUUGCCGCUGGUCAUGUGGAGAUGUGUGUCAAUAAAUGGCGUAGUAGGUUUAUGUCGAUCCUUCACUAAAUUUUGUCGACUGGACGAUUUAAUACUAUCUGGGGCAGGGAGAAAACUUUUGUUUCAAAAUGGCGCUUGAGUUUCUGCGUUGUUUGCAAACCACGUUGCUUUCGGCUAGUUCCGUAAAAUUAUUUUGAAAGAAAAACAGGUUAUUUGAGAAAGAAAAUGCAAACUUCAUGUGUACAUAAAUCACCACCCAGGCGGCUUUGGUCAAUUUAUCGGCCGGUGCACGAUAUACCAAGUGAAUAGCCAACGUCGUUCCCAGGGUUCUCUCUUUUGCAUUAUACAUUACCUAUACUAUUUUUUUGGGUGUUGUCAACAUUUUCAAAUAAUAAACGUGGUGGCAAACUCCUCUCGGGCCCGGACUGAAUAGCCUUUGUCACAGUGACAAUGAUCUACUCUUCUUCCCCUCCCUUAUUUUUGGCUCCCAGAUUUUGGGAGCCACGUGACCAGCCGCAACCAGGGUUCUUUCUCGAAGCAAGAGAGAGAAUCCUGGGAACGAGGUUUUUGUUUGUUUACCAAAGUUGCUUGGGCCAUACUUCCCAUGAUGACAUCUGGUGUUCAGUCCAGUACAAGUAUUUAUUCUAUAAAGCAAGAUGUGGACAGUUUUUUAUCUUAUUCCCUUUACAUCAAGACAAAAUAACAGCUUGGAUUUUUAUUUUUCAAAUAUGUUGAUAAACGAACACCUUACUUAUUCUAAUCAUGAAUUGGUAUUCAUAGGACAACUAUAUGAAUUGACAAGGGAACCUGUAAUAAUAAAGACUGGCCAUGAAUAAAUUAUAAUAAAUUAUAACUUGUUCCUCAACAUACAAAUGGCAACAUGUGACCGUGCACGUGGGUAGGCAAAUUUAAACAAGGCGAAGGUUAGUUAAAGGGUAAUAAAAUAUAUAGAUCGUUUUCACUGUCAUGCAACAAAAAAAUAAAUUAGAAACCGUCCAGUGGAAGACGCCGAGAAAAUGAAAUGUUACAGAAGACUAAUAUAUAAACAAUUUGUCCAAAUCUCAGGUCUUUGUGGCCCACAGUUUCUGAGUUAUUUGCCGAAACGUUCCACGCACCUUUGUAGAGCUUUGUAUGGAGACGCCAUAUUGGUGUACCGUUUUGGUCCACCAAUAUGGCCGCCGGAAAUCAACAAAAACAUCUGGAGUUCACUUUUUCUAUAAAAGCUCUUUCUUUUCACUCGAACACCAGCCUACGUGCGCAUAAACAUAUCUUCUAAUACUUUAAAUGGUUAUACUGCUGAAAUCAAGAGGAGAGACUUUUUUUCAACGAGACAGCAUUCCUGUUUCGGUGUCACGCACUGUGAAAAACUCGGAAGUUCAAAUUGCUGUAUUUUCGAAAUGAAACAUGCUACGGGAAUGGAAACUUUAUCUUCAACCUAGUGUAAAUAAGAAUUCGUAAAACCUGGUUGUUUUAACUCAACAAUUUGAUAACGUCACUGUGAAAACCUUCUAUUGAUAUAUAAACACCAAUGAAAUACCAAACCACUUUACUUAAAUAGUUUUUUGGUCUGAAAGAUGCGGUUUAUUGUGAAGUCAUAGCAACGGUGAUAUUUUCACAUGUGAAGAUAACAUGUUAUUUUCACAAGUGAAGAUAUCAAGUUUUCGUGCGAAAGCUCACUUGGUAUUUCAUUGGUGUUUAUAUAAUAAGAAAACAUGCGUCAUGUUUAUAUUUUCAUCUAUGCAGAACCACUUUGAUCAUUGUAAAAGGAAACUGCUAAAAUGUCCCAAUGUCUGUGGAUCAUUUCUUGCUCGUAACAAAGUAAGUACAUUCGACGUGUAAAGCCGAGGGCGAUUUUGUACGUGAUUUUGUGCGUAAUUUUGUAGAUCAAGAAGGUUCAUUUACACAUGACUUGUCGGUCUAAAAUCUUUUUAGAUCAAGUCUCACGUUGAAAACAAAUGUCCGCUGACAGUGGUCCCCUGUCCUUAUGCUCUGAUGGGCUGUAAAGAAAUGGUAUGUGCAUUGUUUACGCAUAUUGUGUCUGUGUUACUUUAGUUAAAUGUUACCUUUAUGGAUGCAGGUACCUAAAACAAAAGAACUCGUUCAUAUAAGUCAAGGGCACCCAACGUCAAUUUUUGGAAAAUAUCUGUUCGGAAGACGAUUAGAGAUCUAGAAUUUUCGGGAUAUUUGCUGUAAAAUUUCUUGCUUACCUGCCUCUCCUAGGAUUUUCGAACAUCUAAAAAAUGGUAUAAUUGCCCAUUUUUAACGGAUUUUUACCCUAAAAAGAAUUUUCGGGAGCUUUUUUUCUGGCUGAAAUUUCCAAAAGGUAAGUUUUGAUCCCUGUAAUUUUCGGAUCACUAGACUUUCAGCUAGGAAACCGGAACAGAUGAAAAAUUUCUAGGGGAUAAAAAUAUGCCUAUAUCUACCGUUUAAAUACUAAAAUACGUUCAACAAGGCUAUGUUUGUGUAGUUUUGAACUAUAUUCUCGUCGGGUGCCCCUCAUAAGUCAUGAAGAACACAAAAGACAAAUGACUUUGAACACGGGAACUUGUAGCAGUAUCUAUCAGCGCAAAAUGUUGCAUUAUUAUAUUCUAUUUAACAAAUAGAGAAGCUGGAGAAGCCCUGACUGUGCUGUGUUUAAGCGCGCAUGAAGCGGCUAGAAGUGUAGGAGGAAACACGAGACGUAGUCGACUGUUUGUCCCUACUUCUUGAGUGUUUUACAACAAAACAGAGCACAGUCAAGGGUUAGAUUCUUUAUUUGUUUUAAGAUAAAGAAUCCGUUAAAUAUUAAAUCAGCCAAUCACAAUCCUUUUAAGAAUGGGCCAAAUGAUUUGAUUGGUUGAAUAAGACAAAAUCGUUCAAAGCUGUCAGAGCACCAAAGCUACAUGUAUCAUAAGGAGAAACUAGGAGGAUUUUCUGUGAAUGUCAAUGCAAAAGAAUGUACAUUUGACGUCCAAAAAUAAGUUUAUGAAAGUAAAAUAGUGCUUUCAAUCUGGCACGUAUUACGGCCCAUGAAAACGUGGACGUCAUUAACAUCAUGACAAUUUGAAAACAAAUUGCUUUAGCUUCGUAUCAAAAAGUGCCCAAAAAACAGAGCCUGAGAGUAAAAAUGUAUAACUGAAGAUUCGUUGACGCCUUUGCGAUCGGGUUUGAGCUAAUUUUAUGAAUGAACAUACUCAAAACAAUAUACAGAGAAGUUAUUUCUUUAAAAUUUGUAUUCAAAAACUAAGAAGUUAAUCCUUAAAAGCAAGAAAAUUCGAAUGAGCACAUGGCAAAAUUCUACACGUUUGUGAAACAUUAAUACAUACAUAAAUUCCCUUUUAAAAACGUAAUUUUCUUGACCACAGAGUUAAAAAAAUGUAACGCUGAAAGUCCUCGAAAACUUCGUUGCCUUGGUUGAAUUUCAAAACAGGCUAUUUGGUGCUUCGCCGUGAAGAAAAUUCCUCGAAGGACAAUUUCGUAACCAAAAGCUUUCCUUUGUUCGCAAAAAAGAAAACCGAGCAUUCAUUUGAACUUUCCCUUUUCAUUUGUGUUUUUUUCCGGUGUAUUUUUUACCCUGAAUUGCGAAACUUUGUUCUUGUUUCAAAACCGCGGCAUGGUGAGAUUCACGAAUGGCGUGACAUCUUUAGCUCCUUGUUUUAUACUCUUUUAUAAAAUAAGUAAGAUAGUACGCGCGUUCUGAUUGGUUAAAAACCUAUGGUUUAUUGUGCCGGUAAACUCAUAGAAACUUUGUUCUUGUUUCAAAACCGCGGUAUGGUGAGAUUCACGAAUGGCGUGACAUCUUUAGCUCCUUGUUUUAUACUCUUUUAUAAAAUAAGUAAGAUAGUACGCGCGUUCUGAUUGGUUAAAAACCUAUGGUUUAUUGUGCCGGUAAACUCAUAGAAAACUUUUAUUUUAUAAAAGCAAUAGAUCACACUUUCUAUGGGUUUACCGACUUGAUAACCCACUUGGGAUGUUGCCUUCGGCUCGUGAUUUAAAAGCUAUUUUCGUGUUCUCCCACCAUCCCGCGUGGGUUAUCACACAGGUAAACCCAUAGAAAGUGUGAUCUAUUGCUUAAAUAAACCAUACUUUUUAAACCAAUUUGUGUGCGCGUUAUAUUCUGAACUUUAAUAUUAAGUUGCAUGUACUCGAUAAGACGUUGAGUACGUGUAAAUACCCGUAUUCCGUUUUUACCAGUGUUUGGGGGCUGGAAGGAACAUUUCUACUCAAGCAUUUUUCUUAGAACAAACUUGACUCUGGCCAUGAGGCGCAAUUAAAGCGUUAAGUUAUUAAUUUGUUUUUGAUGGUUAAUAAUCAGAUUAAGCGAAACAAAGUUGAAGCUCAUCUCCAGUCUACGGCGAGACUUCAUCUGGCCUUAACGUGUUCAACAUUUAAAGAAACGAUGACGAAGCUUGAUGAACUGCAGAAGCAAGUGGGAGAAUUGAAAGAAUCUAAUGCUGCUCUCAACGAAAAACUUGAAGCAACUAAUUCAUUUGUCACUUCCAAGGUAGAAGCCCUCGUGUCCAAGGUGGAUGCGCAAAACAGCGAACUGGCGACUUUUAAUUCUGCUCUUAGUGCUCAGAUCGAUGCUGAUAAGAGAGAGUGGAAAGCUGCCAAUAUCGCUCUGAAUUCUAAGGUGGAUUCGCAAGCCAAAGUGGUCGCGAGAUUAACCAGUGCGUCUCCAUUUGUGUGGAAGAUAACUGGUUUUAGCGACGUCUUAAAGCUGGCUAAGAAUGGAAACACUAAAAGUAUAUUCGCUGAAUUCUACACAGGAAAACAAGGCUACAAGUUAAAUGUACGCGUCGAUCCAGAUGGAGAUCAAACAAACAAGAACCGAUACCUGUCAGUAUUUGUUGGUAUUAUGAAAGGCGAUUACGACGCCAUUCUUCCUUGGCCCUUUCGUGAUGUAGUUACUUUUAGGGUUAUCGACCAACAACCUGAUGCCUCGCAAAGGAAAAAUGUUGUAGCAGUAUUGGAGCCCGAUCAAACGCCCUGUUUUUCGGGUCGGCCUACGGUGGAAGAAAACCCCAUGCUUCGAGGGUUCCGCAGGUUGAUAUCUCACAAGAUGUUAAAAACCCGGCGCUAUGUUGAACACGACACAUUGUUUCUUCAGGUUGAUGUAGGUCGCCAUGACUCUGAGAGUAGCGAUUCAGGUUCACAUUCUGACUAACUUUCUUUGAGUAAUUUCCACUUUAAAGAGCUAUGACGAGUUACUCCAUGUGAUCGCGGGUUAAACAUCUCACAACGUUUUGAACACCAAGCAACUGCUAUAGUUUCUGGCAUAAUUAAAAAAAUUUGGCAAAUGUUAGAAGCAAUUAAACACUUAUGUGCGAGGUGUUUCGAAGAGCCUCAACGUUUUAAGAAUUAAAUUGCGAUUAUCUUAGAACAAAAACCAGACCCUAUGGCUGCCAUCGGUAAAUCAAUACUGUAACUUUAUGUGCUCAUAUCCUUGUUCCAAAAGUAUUAAACAAACUAUUCAAACAGGGUAAACACGAUCAAUUGUUUUCGAGAACAAAGGAGAGACGAGACAACGUUAAACGAAAGCCUACAUGUGAACCAAGGUUAUGUCAGCACUUGUCAAUAAGUUAACAGUGUUGGGUGAUCAGUCCAGACGGUCUCAACAUGAUUUGCUAUUAAAGCCUUUAGUUUACCAAAACCAGUCAGUCC